AAAAAAGCAACGACUCGAGCAAAGAAAAGAAAAUAUAGAGAGAAGCACAAAAAAGCAAAGCCGGAUAACCCUUGCUGGGGAUCAAGAAGAGAAGUUGAAGACGAAGAAGAAGCAACAGAAGCAGAGGCAGAGGCCCCACUGGGCGAUAUUUUUUUUUUGGCUUCCUCCAUCAAACAAAUAUCUAAAGAGGAGCCCUUUCGUCUGUCCGCUGCGUCUGCUUAUUCCUCCUCUGCCUGCUACAUCCACCGCCCUAACACCCCCCCCCCUCCCUCCCUCCUCCCUCUCUCCCUCCCUUGUCUAUCCUUUUUCCGCUGUACCUUUGCUUCUUCCUCGUCUUCUUGUCCGGCAGGCAUAAAGAGAGAUAUAUAUCAAAGGCCUUCUUCCCUCGGAUCUGCUUCGGAUCUUCUCUUGGUCACCAGAAACAAUCGUCGAUCUAUAACGGACAUAGCUCGACGGCCCAAGGACCCUUUUGAUACUGCUGCCACCAGACCUCCCUAUCUAUCCUAA